GGGGCGCUGAGUGACUUCCGGCUGGCCGAAGACAGCGGCAGCAGCGCUGAGAUUAGGGCGGAUUCGCAGAGUCUGUAGAAACAUGGACAGUCAAGGCAGAAAAGUGGUGGUGUGUGACAACGGGACCGGGUUUGUGAAGUGCGGAUAUGCCGGCUCUAAUUUCCCGGAGCACAUUUUUCCAGCUCUGGUGGGGAGACCGAUCAUCCGCUCCACUGCCAAAGUGGGAAACAUCGAGAUCAAGGAUCUAAUGGUGGGCGACGAGGCGAGCGAGCUGCGCUCCAUGCUGGAGGUGAACUACCCGAUGGAGAACGGGAUCGUGAGGAACUGGGACGACAUGAAGCACCUGUGGGACUACACCUUCGGCCCCGAGAAGCUCAACAUCGACUCGCGAAACUGCAAGAUCCUGCUCACGGAGCCGCCCAUGAACCCCACCAAGAACCGAGAGAAGAUCAUCGAGGUGAUGUUUGAGACCUAUCAGUUCUCAGGGGUUUAUAUCGCCAUCCAGGCCGUGCUCACGCUUUACGCUCAAGGUCUGCUGACGGGUGUGGUGGUGGACUCUGGUGACGGCGUCACUCAUAUCUGUCCAGUGUAUGAAGGCUUUUCACUUCCUCAUCUCACACGCCGUCUGGACAUCGCUGGAAGAGACAUCACGCGCUACCUCAUCAAGCUGUUGUUGUUGAGGGGUUACGCCUUCAACCACUCGGCGGACUUCGAGACGGUGAGGAUGAUGAAGGAGAAGCUGUGUUACGUGGGCUAUAACAUCGAGCAGGAGCAGAAGCUUGCGCUGGAGACCACCGUGCUGGUGGAGUCUUACACGCUGCCGGACGGGAGGCUGAUUAAAGUGGGCGGCGAGCGUUUCGAGGCUCCUGAAGCUCUGUUCCAGCCUCACCUCAUUAAUGUGGAGGGAGUGGGUGUAGCCGAACUGCUCUUCAACACCAUCCAGGCAGCCGACAUUGACACCAGGGCUGAGUUUUACAAACACAUUGUUUUGUCGGGCGGUUCUACGAUGUAUCCUGGUCUGCCGUCCCGUCUGGAGCGCGAGCUCAAGCAGCUUUACCUCGAGAGAGUGCUGAAGGGAGAUGUCGACAAGCUUUCGAAGUUUAAGAUCCGCAUCGAGGAUCCUCCACGCCGUAAACACAUGGUGUUUUUAGGAGGAGCGGUGCUGGCCGACAUCAUGAAGGACAAAGACAACUUCUGGUUGACCAGAGAGGAGUACCAGGAGAAGGGCAUGCGUGUUCUGGAGAAGCUAGGCGUCACCGUUAGAUAAAUCACACAUACACACACACAUACACACACAAAACAUCACACACUUGCACUCACACUCCCAGUCACAGGGUGGCAUUUUGGCAGCGUAAACACAGAAGUUUCCAGCAGUUUUUCGCGGACACACUCGAGAACAACGAUCAAAUACUUGAACUUCCUUUGCAAUCCAAAAAGCGCUUAAUGUUUGUACGACAUUCCAAAUGUAAAGGUUCGUAUCACUGCUGCAAAACUCACGAAGCCAUUCGUUUAUGCUGCCAAAGUGUAUCCUCUAAUCUAACGCAUCCACCAUAUCAUGACCUUCUGUUUGUUUUGAGUCCUGUCUGGCCCUUAUGAAGAGCAAUAUCGCUCUAAAAAGAGUAAGAAACAGGAGGAUGUUGUGUAUGUAAACGGACAAAACAAUAAAAAGAUGUAUUUUUAAGAAAAAACAAAAAAGUUUCUUUGUUACAAAAAUAAGUUUUGUAAUGAUAAAAAUCGCUGCAGCCAAUUCGCUAAUGAAAAUGAUCGUGGCCGAUGGUAUCAAACACAUAGACGUUCAUCCUUUUGCUGAAACGCCUACUUUCUGUCUUACUAUCUGUCUUAAAUCUCAGUGUGUGUGUGCGCUUCAUUAUUGGAUGUGCGCUUCACCUGAAAACUUCCCCAAAUAACUAUUUUGUCAAAUAUCAUUGCUGAGGACGCCCUAAAUGCAGCGUUAGUCCGCCUUAUUUCAGUAAUGAAAAUCUCCAUCAGUAAGUAUUUAAAUAUAGACUCUGUGUUCAUGUCAUUCCAUCAGUUGUUCCUUUCCGUCUAAAGGACCUUCAUAAACGAUAGUAUCAAUAUCAGACUCCAUUUGAAAGGGAAGUGAUCGUGUUUAGCAUACAGUUAUGAGCUGCAAUCUAGAGCCUCAUUUCUGCAUCUGGCUGGGUGAAUCUCAUAAACAAGUCUGUUUCUCUACAAAAUCAUGUUAUAGUUCCUGUUAAGGAUUUUUUUUGCAUUGUGCCAUUAUUUUCCUCAACAAAAUCAACGUUUUUAUUAGCAUAAUGUAAAAAAACAAAACAUUUUCGUUACCACAAUGCAAAAAAAUGUAUAGUCAUUACCGUAAUGAAAAAAGGAUAGUCAUUACCGUAAUGCAAAAUAAAAAUAUAGUCAUUACAACAAUGCAAAAAAAGCAUAGUCAUUACCGUAAUGGAAAGUAUAGUCAUUACCGGGGAAAAGUCAUUACCGUAAUGCAAAAAGUAUAGUCAUUACCGUAAUGCAUUUUUUAGCAUUAAUGUUGUUGGUUUUGUUGUACUACCUUUUAUGCUGAUCUAAACGUAAAAAUAAUUGUAUUACGCUAUUUCUACUGUAAUACAGUAAUAUAUAUCUUAUAUCUAGAAUAAUGGGAAUUACAAAACAUCUGGAAGUAACAUGUUCGUGUGCAUUAUGUUAAUGAGUUUGGGAGGUGAAUGUGUGUAAUUUUCAAGAAAAUAAUGUCACAAUGCCCUUCAAAAAAAAAAAAGAUUGUAUAAACAGGAUAAGCAAAUGUAAUUGCGAUUGCUUUUAUUUUUGAUUCUGGAAGUGAGAUUCACACACGUAAAACACGAGAGCAGGAGUGUGUGUUUGGUGGCAGCUCAUGCAUGUUUCACACAUGUGCAUAAUCUUGCGUCGCAUAUUCUAUUGCAAUAACCCUGCGUCCUUUUCAUCGACUCAUUUAUCUAGUGUUCUAACGAUCAAUCGUGUUUCGCUCCCCGGAGGAACCGCGCGGUUGUUCACAUUCUCGACUUUUUUUCUUACCGUUUUGUAUUUUUGCGUUCAUGUGUUUUCUUCUUUGCUGUUUGUUGUUGUCAUUGGCAUGUCUUCCCUGCAUCUAAUAGUCUGGGAACGAAGGCUCUCGCGGACGCCCGAUGGGUGUGUUUAUGGGUCAGACGCUUCAUUCCCAGACUGAAGGCAGCCAUGAUGUCACGGUUUACUGCCUGUUUGUAAUAUGAACGACAUAGUAAUGAUGGUAUCGGUAAUGAUGAUGAUGAUUUUUAGUGUUUGUACUCGUGACAGCUAUUUGGAAGCUGGAUCAGUGAUGUUUCUGUGUUUGGCUUUGGGUUUGAACACAUUCAGGUUCUCCUCACAUCGAAUAAACUGUGUGACGACUCCUUUGAUUUCAUUCACACGCAUUCUUCAAGUGCCAAGUCUGGGUAUUGUUGUCUUUUUGUUUGUUUUCUGCUCUUUUGUUUGUAGCGCACUGCCUGACCACUGAUUUGAAUAAAGGAAAUUGAUUAAUAAAUCAA